AUAACAUUCAAACCCUAUCUUUUCGAAUGUGCGCUGGAAAGCAGUAUAAAUGUCGAAAAAAGUUCUAUUGUACUGGCAAAUGGUGUCGCGACAUGCACUCUGCAGAAGACCUCACCGGGCCUUUGGAGUAGACUGGAGACGGAGUUGAAAACCGCGAUGACUAAAAUCCGCCAAGAUGCCAUUCAAGAGGCACAGGAGAGGGAGGUGCAACGUGUCAAACAGAACAAGACAGAAAAACGAACGGGUGAGAAGGAGUCUCUGGGUGCGAUGAUGAAGGGGCAGGAGCUGAAACGAUUUGAGGCCAUAAAAAAGGAGAGCACAGAGUUGGCGAUGCAAGAAUUAGUGGCCAUCCAAGAGGAGAAGAAGAAAGCUGAGGAGGAGAAACGCCGUCAGAUGGACGAUGCGGUGAAAUUUGCCAAGGAGCUCUAUGGGAAAAACCCCCAGAAAAUAUAUCAGCCUAAACUUGCAGAAGAAAUAUUUAAGGCCAAAGAGAGUCUGCCCGUUCGAGAGUCUAACACAAUAAACAUCUCCUUCACGCCUCGAGUGUUUCCUACACCUCAACGUGAAUCAAUGGUUGCGGAGGAAGAAACGUGGCUGGCAAAUCAAGCAGAGCAUCGACGGUAUCUGAAGGAAAAGGUGUGCGAUGGCGGUGACUUAUCAGAGGCGGAAAAGGAUCCCAUGUGGUUACAAAAGAAGGCAAAACUGUAUUCGAACCGCGCUGCAUGUUACAUUAAAACGCGAAACUUCUUCAAGGCCCUUGAGGACAGUUCUGCUGCACUAGAUCUUCUCCAGCCUCCGGUGCCGCAGAACCUGCGUGCGCGGGUGCGCGCCCACGUUAGACGCGCGGUCGCUUUCUGCAACCUCGAAAUGCUCAAAGAAGGUAUUCAAGAAUACGAGGCCGCGGCCAAACUCGACCCCUCUGAUGAGUCCAUCAAACAGGACCUGGUGAAUUUGCAAGAAGCUUAUCUCAACCCACAAAAAGCUAUCGGGACUAAAUAA